AUGGGUUUCUUCGACAAGCUACAGUCAAAACUGGACCUUUACCGUCUCGAACAGAAGUACGCCCGUCGCAAGAACAGAACUACCUAUACUACCAACGCGCAAUACGUGGACGGAGAAUACGUCUAUCCUGUGAGCCCCGGUUCCAUGGACGGUCCCAUGUCCGCCGACUCGACCGGAGGUUCUGGAAGCUCAAGCAAGAGACGGACAGUGUUCUGGGCACCUCCUGAUCAGCGCAGAUGA